UAUUCAAAGCUAGCGAUGCCAGCGCCAGAAGAAAAAUCUUAAAUGUGCCGGUGUCUGCACACCAUGCAGUCGUCCUUCCGUGUAUGAUAACAACGCCAAUCAUCUCCACAUAAGCGUGCCCGGCACCGCUGCAAAGGAUUAGUGUCCUGUCCCGCGCAGAAGGAGGCUCGCAGGUGCGCCGUUUUCAUGUUGCUACCAGCGUCGUUUCGUGGAAUCCACUGCACGAGCAGAGGUCGUGUUUGCUCAGGCGUCGUCAAAGGAGUGCUGCAGGGAUGUGUGCACGAUGUGGAGUGGUUGUACCAUCGGGAAUCAGAUGUGGCGUUUUGUGCACAUCAUAAAGCGAAGAGUGCAAAAGUUUUCAACGCCCUUCUUUAGCAAACGUAAUGGGAAUCAGAUGGACAUCUCUAAUUGCUAUAGCUACCUGGACGUGUAGGUUGAGUGUGUGCACCUGGCCACCGACAAGCAACUAUUACACGCCUCCUUCAACAGCAUCAUGGCGCAGGUGGACCAUUUCAAAGAGCCGAUGCGAGGGAGUGCAGGGCGAGACGGGCAUCUGCAUGUUCAAUUGGGACUGCAUUCGGAAAGAUGGCAUUGUACUCUCUACAUGCAUGGACGGCUUCCUCUUGGGUGCUUGUUGCAAACUACCGGAAGAAGACACACUGACCAGCCCCUCUUCCUGGUCGGAAGCGACCUACGAUAACACGCAGCGACCAGUGGCACACAUUGAAAACACCACAGCCUACGAAGCGACACCGACAGAAGAGUCCGAUGAACACCAACCCACAACCACGAGAAGACCUACAUUACCUCCAGCAACGUCUACGACUGAUGCACCAGGACAUCUCACUGUGCCUUCGUCGCAGUCUUCAAUGUGGCCGUUUCUUCGUCUGCCGACAAGUGCCCAUGCCACCAAUACAGGGUUGACGACUGAAAAAAUUCAACCGGGAUCACAAUUACCAAUGGCUCCGACGUACAUGACCUCAUGGGCGACGACGAGACCAGGCAUAUUAUUUACUCCCACACGCUAUUUUAUGAGACCGACUGUUGUCCCAUCAACUCAGACUGGUCCACUAAUACCAACAACUUACGUGCGACGACCUCCGCUUCAAAACUUAUUCGCCUCCACUCCACUAGGCGUCCUAGGAACCAUGCUUUCCAGGCCGUUCCUCCGUCCGACAACACCUUCAGCGGCUCAGGCUUCCGCCACAGGAAAACAGCCUUGGCCAGAAAAAGAUGUCCUGAUGACACAGAUGCAGUCGGACGCCCCGAGGGUCACUACCAACCUUCCUGACAUUCACGAACCAACCGUAUCAACGGCACUGUCUUCUAUAGUUAGCCAGCUCAGCUCACAUUCUGUAAGCAGGCUGCCGUCUUUAACGCUGAACACAAUCGAGGACCUUACCUAUGGAGCAAAACCUUCUCAGGUCCGGCUAACCACAGCAGGAGGGUUCACCGACGGCUCCACUGAUUGGUCGUCACCUCCCGAAUUCGUAGACCUGACCGAAGUGCGGACCACGCAGAAACCAUCUACGAGGCCAAUGGAAUAUACGCUCGACUUUGACCAGGAAAAUCAGCAAACCGUAACACAUUCCAUUGUAGCCGAAUCGACUGGGCGACCGCCGUUUGGUGAAGUUAACGACGUGUCCGUUACACAUCUUGAUUCAAAAAUAGAGAAGGAGCCUACAAAGGGAACACCUUUGCUUUCUUCGGGCAUGAAACCAAUUAAUGUGUUCCACACGACAACGACGACGACGAAAACGAUAGACAUGCACAAUGCGUUGACGACAAAAGCUGUAGAUGAAUCUUCGAGUGACACUGCAACAACCCGGAAACCGUCAACGACAACACCAAUGCCGACGGAAGUCUUAACAACAACAAAGAAACCGAAGCUAACUACGCAUGAAACCAGACCUCUGACUUACACAUACCCAGCAAGAAUAACUUUUAGACCGUCAACGCUCUUCAAAUUCCCUCUCAUGACAACGUCUCCAUCAGGGUGGCCAACGAUGACACUGCAUAAUUCACAUCAUCCACCAUCACUAACGUCAUCCUUAGCAUAUCGACCUACGACACCUAUAAUACUAGGACUAACCACAGCAAAGCCAACAAAGGCGGCAAGCACCACCACCUCGACGUCCUUCACAGGGACGUCCUCAUCAAAGCUCAAGGCCUCAUCCAAGCCUGCGAAGCCAACGAUUUCUGGGCUUUCCCACGCAGUCAAGCCAACGAAAGCAGUCAUGACAUCAAAGUCUCCCACGAAGAAAUCUACUUCGAAGCCGAUCGUGACCAAGGUGACAACUAGUGACCUUCAGAGUCCGAAACUUUCUUCUACGCAGCCAUCGUCAACAAGCAGCGUGAACACGACAACUGCACCAAAUACACCGCGUUGGGACUACAGGAAACACUGCGGCGUGCGUCCUCUGCGACCUCAAGGGAGAAUUGUUGGAGGGCGGAACUCAUUUUUCGGUGAAUGGCCCUGGCAGGUGCUGGUGAAAGAAGCAACCUGGUUGGGCCUGUUCAUCAAGAACAAAUGUGGAGGCGUUCUUAUCAACAGAAAAUAUGCCCUCACGGCAGCUCAUUGUCAACCAGGGCGCAGGUUUUCAAGACGUAUGCCGAAUUAUCCUCUCAGGUUCCUGUCCUCGCUCCUGGUUGUUCUUGGGGAGCACGACCUGUCUGGAGACUACGAGUCCUUGAAGCCAGUGUCCAUCCCGGUGAAACGGAUGGUCGUUCACCGAAACUACAACCCUGCGACGUUCGAGAAUGACCUGGCUCUUCUAGAACUUGAGAGACCCGUCGAAUUUAAGCCUCACAUUGUACCCAUAUGUUUGCCGGAGAGGAACGAAGAUUUCACUGGCCGCACAUCUUAUGUCACUGGAUGGGGCAAACUCUCGCAUGGUGGCUCAGUACCCAACGUUCUACAAUACGUCCAGGUUCCUAUUUUAAGCAACAACAAAUGCCAAAAGAUGUUCAAGAUUGCUGGACACGUCAAGUCCAUUCGGGAAAACUUUGUUUGUGCAGGGUAUGAUCACGGGAACAGAGAUUCUUGCGAGGGUGAUUCCGGAGGACCCUUGACGCUACUACGUGAUGAUGGACGAUGGGUAUUGGUUGGCACGGUAUCACAUGGCAUCCGGUGUGCGGAACCGAAUAUGCCCGGAGUGUACAUGCGAACAUCUGCGUACAGACCUUGGAUAGACAGUGUGAUCAACCCUAAAUGAGUAUGUCAUCCGAAGACGAACCACUCAUAUUCCCUCCGAAGACUACAGGAUCAAUGCUACGGUGCAAAGACAGUGACGUGUUGUGGGGGCACAAGCUGGACCUUCUCGGUGCUUCCUAAAGCGAAUUUUGACGGGUGUUGUACAUAGACACACAUCUAUUUUUAUUUAUUCCUAUCUUCACCGUGUGAUUCGAUGUCCACAAUAAAUAUUCAUCAAGGA